AUGAGCGGAAAAGUACUCGUCUCCGCAGUUUCCCUGAUCCUCGUGGUGGGGGUUGCCAUCGGCACCGUGGUGGUGGUUCACAAGCAGAAUGGUGACUCUGGUCAGAUCUCUUCCCAUCAGAAUGCGGUGGCGCAAAUGUGCCAGAACACCGACGACCCGAAGUUUUGCCAACAAGUUCUCGGCCAUGUGAACGACACCUCUGACCCAAAGGCGUUCCUAACGGCGGUAGUGGAAGCAACCACCAACAGCGUCAUCAAGGCCUUCAAUAUGAGCGACAGGCUCAGUGUGGAUCAUGGCAAUGGCGAGAAAGGCCUUAAGAUGGCCCUUGAUGACUGCAAGGACUUGCUCCAGUUCGCCAUGGACAGUCUUCAAUCGUCUACCGACUUGUUGCGUAACGAUAUCAAAACUGUGACCGACCAAACCCCUGACUUCAGGAACUGGCUUUCCGCCGUCAUCUCCUACCAGCAGGCCUGCAUGGAUGGCUUUGACGAUAACAACGACGGCGAGAAGCAGGUCAAGUCACAGUUACAAGAGCAGGCAUUAGACGGCGUGGGGAAGAUCACUGGUAUAGCCCUUGACAUUGUCGCUGAUCUGGCCAAGAUCCUCGACAAGUUUGGGUUGAAGUUGGACUUGAAACCUGCAUCCCGCCGCCUUAUGGAAGUGGACAGCGAAGGUUAUCCUACCUGGUUCUCUGCUUCCGACCGUAAGCUCCUGCAGAAGAUGCACAGGGGACACCAUGUGAAACCCAAUGUCGUGGUGGCUAAGGAUGGCAGUGGAAACUUCAAGACCAUUGCAGAGGCCAUUGCCUCCUAUCCCAAAAAAGGUGCAAACGGCAGAUACGUGAUCUUCGUCAAGGCAGGCGUAUACCAGGAGUACAUCAUCGUUCCCAAAAAUGCAGUGAAUAUCCUUAUGUAUGGUGAGGGCGCAGGUAAAACUGUCAUCACCGGAAACAAAAACUUUGUUGAUGGGGUCAAGACAAUGCAAACAGCUACCUUUGCCAACACUGCAAAUGGGUUCAUCGCCAAGUACAUGUCAUUUGUGAACAGCGCCGGACCUGAGAAGCACCAAGCAGUGGCACUGAGGAACCAAGGAGACAUGUCGGCUUUCUUCGAUUGCGCCAUCGUGGGAAACCAAGACACCCUGUACGCUCAAACCAAUCGUCAAUUCUACAAGAACUGCGACAUAUCUGGUACUAUUGACUUCAUCUUUGGGGUGUCACCAACACUGAUCCAGAGCUCUAGAAUCAUUCUAAGGAAGCCAUUGGACAACCAAUUCAACACAGUGACGGCAGACGGCACAGCCCAAAAGAACAUGCCCACCGGAAUUGUGAUCCAAAACUGCGAUAUCGUGCCGGAGCCAGCUCUGUUCCCCCUCAGGUUCCAAUUGAAGUCAUACUUGGGAAGGCCAUGGAAGGCUUACUCCAAGACAGUGGUGAUGGAAUCCAGAAUCGGUGAUGUUAUUCAUCCCGAUGGAUGGAUUCCUUGGGAGGGAAGCAUGUACCUCGACACCUUGUACUAUGCUGAGUACAACAACGAAGGACCCGGUGCUAAUGUUCAGGGAAGGGUCAAGUGGCCAGGUUACAAGGGCCUGAUCAGCAAGAACGAAGCUCUCCAAUUCACAGCAGGCCAAUUCCUGCAAGGUGGACCCACCUCCAACACUGCGGUUUGGCUCAAGGCUCUUCACGUUCCUUAUGACAUUGGCCUCACCAAGCCUUGA